CAUACCCACCAUGACAGACCAACGGGGUGGUGCUGAAGACGUCCACACCGAUGAUCUAUCAAUGCUUGUACUUGUGGUGGAUGCAUCAUUCGGAAGUGCGGAAGAAGAGACAAAGUUUGCUUCGGCUUGGCGACACAUCUCUGUCUUUGCCAAUGCCUACAUGGCACUCAAUCAUGCCAAUGCUCUCGUUCUGGUUGCUGCUGAUGGUGUCCAUGCAAAGGUGGUGUACCCGGAUGCAAGGGCUCUGGUUGAUGCUGCAAAGAGAGUCACUGGCACACCACAACAAGCUGGCUCAGGUGCUCCUGGUUCUUCUCUGACUUUUGCUGCUGCUGCUACUGAACAGAUCGAUCUGGCGGUCGAGGCAGACGUGGCGCUGGCGGUCAAGUCGGGAUCGGCUCUGCUUCCUGUUGAGCGGGUGCACUGUGCAUCACUGACAAAGGAGCUGGCAGAGGCCAUGCGCCGGUUUGUGGAGGAGACCGGUGACGUCGGUCGCGCUGCAGCGGUCGACGGUGGCGGCUGGGCCAUGGCUGGCGCGCUCUCGGUGGCGCUCUGCCGCAUCUCGCGGGCCGUUGCCCUCCGCCCGGCCCUCAAGCCGCGGAUCCUGGUUGUCACCUCGCACGGAGAUGGCGGCUCGACGUAUGUCUCGGUCAUGAACGCGCUUUUUUCGGCGCAGAAGCUACAGGUUGCCAUCGACGCCUGCGUCCUUGCUCCGGACCACUCGCUCUUCCUGCAGCAGGCAACCCAUCUGACCGGCGGAGCGUAUGUUAAGCCGUCGCUUGAUGCCCAGAAUUCGCUGGCCCAGUUCCUUCUCACCGCCUUUCUCGCCGACGCCAUGACCCGGCGCCACAUCUCGGUCCCGACCCUCACUGCCAUCGACUACCGCGCCACCUGCUUCUGCCACCGCAAGACCAUCUCCAUCGGUUACGUCUGCUCCUCGUGCCUCUCUGUCUUUUGCUCGUUUGCCCUCACCUGCUCCACGUGCGGAACCAAGUUUGACCUUCCCCGCAACGACGGCUCGCGCAAGCGCCGCAAGCGCCGCAAAGCCACCUCGUCCAAGCGCGCCAAGCCAGCUCCAGCCUCUGCGCCUGUGCCUGCGCCUGCUCCGCCUGAGCCCGCUCCGGCCAUGCCUGCCGAUCCUGCACCGAUGGUCAUCGAGUAAAGCCGGCCGAUGGUGACUGCAUGUGCA